AUGGAGAGGUUAGAUAGUAUUGCAACUGAUAAAGCUAAAUCUCACUUAUCUAAGAAAACUAUUGCCUUAGAAAUGAAAAGGGAUUUGACAUGUUCCUUUAUUCUUCCAGGUGUUGUUGGAAGGAGGAAUAAGAGUGAAGAGAUUGUUGAAGUUCUAAUGCAAGAAAAUGGUUUUUAUGAGUGUCUCUCUGUGGUUUCAAUUGUUGGAAUUGGAGGUCUGGGGAAAAUCACACAUGCUAUAUUAGUGUACAGAGAUGAGAGGAUAGUAAAGAAUUUUCCUUUGAGGAUUUGGUUGUGUGCCUCACAGGAUUUUGAUGUCAUAAAGUUGGCUAGGAACAUUGUUAAUUUGGCGAGUGGUGUAUCGUGUGAUAACUUUAACGUUGAACAAGUGCACUCUUCACUUCAAGAUGCUUUACGUGCGAACUGA